UCUUCAUAUGCCUGCCAGUUUAAUUUUCUCUGAAACAAAUGAAGUUUCAAAAGUUCCAAUUGUGCAUUUCUCCGUUUACAGACCUUCAAGUGUUGAUUCUUUUCCUUACUACAAACAUACAAUGCUGGCAACCUGUAUCAAUGGUCGAUGCUUUAGGAAACGAAACUGAUCGAGUUUCUUUGCUUAAAUUCAAAGAAUCAAUAGCUGAUGAUCCAUAUGAAAGCCUAAACUCAUGGAAUGACUCUGUCCCGUUCUGCAAUUGGUAUGGCACUACUUGCAGUCCGAAGCAUCAAAGAGUCACCAGUUUGGAUCUUGAAGGCCUUGCCUUGCGUGGAACAAUGUCUUCUUACAUUGGUAACCUCUCCUUUUUAAGGAUCCUCAACCUCCAAAACAACAAUUUCUAUGGUGAUAUCCCACAAGAGGUCGGUUUCUUGUUUCGACUGCAACAACUCAAUCUCACCAACAAUACUUUUGGAGGGGAGAUUCUAGCAAGCUUGAGCAAUUGUUUUGGAUUGAGGAUUAUUGAUUUGGGGUGGAACGGACUUAUUGGGAGAAUCCCAGCUGAUCUUGGAUCUUUAACAGGUCUUAUGGCGAUUCGUCUCAGUCGAAACAGCCUAACCGGAGGACUACCAUCUUCUUUUGAUAACCUUUCAGCUCUCAUAAGCUUUUCUGUUCAGUUAAUAAUCUUGAAGGAACAAUUCCAAAUGAUAUUGGUAGAUGGAAGAGCUUAAUCACUCUUGCGAUUGGGGCCAAUAAGUUUUCUGCAGUUUGGUAUUGCUGGAAACCAAUUUUCAGGACAUAUCCCAGAUUCCAUAUCAAAUGCUUCUCUGCUUCAAAUAUUCCAGAUUACAACUAACAAUUUCGUCGGACAAGUUUCGACUGAUCUUGGUAAUCUUCAGGGUCUUU